AUGUCAAAAAGCGAGCAUGAAAAUAUUAACGAAGAGGAUGAGCGUAAAAUCGACUUAGAAUUGUCUGGAGACAGGAUUAAUUUGAAUGAAAAUCAAGUUUUUGAAAGCACAGAAAAUGCUGAAAAUAAUGGCUCUGAAAAUAGAGAACCCGAAAAUAGCCUUUCCGAAAAAGAUGCCAUUGAGCUUCAAAGAUGCAUUGAUAUUGCCAAUAAAUAUUUAAAAAACCAUGAAUUUGCGAAAUCUAUAACUUUCCUGACCAAAGCUUGCAAUAUUCAACCAUCAUCUGAAAAUUUUCAAUUGUUAAAUAGUGUAAAAGAAAGAAAGGAAGAGCACGAGCGGAAAAUAAGAGAAAGUGAAGAGUUGGCAAAAAAGAAAGCAGAAGAUAAAAGAAAACUUGAUGAAGAAAGGCAAAAUAUAUGCCAGCGAAUAUUAAAAGCUAAUGAUAUUUAUGAAGCUUUAAAUAUUGAAGCUGAAGAGCCAGACGAAAAUGUUAAAAAAAUUGCAAAUAGGAUUCUUUUAAAAAUACACCCAGAUAAAAUAAAAGUUUCGAAUCCUGAUGACUUUAAAACAGCAGCCCAAAUAUUGAAUAACUUUAAAGGAGAAAUUGAAAAUAGAAUAAGAAAUAAAUUUGUUGAAAUAAACUCUGAAGGCCAGAACCAGCCAUUAGCUAUAGAAGAUGAAAAAUCAGAAGAAAGCGUUGAUGAAUUCAGUAAUUCAGAUGAUUCUGGAUGAACAGAAGAAGAAAGUGAAUCUGAAUUUGAAGAAGUUCAGUCUAGGAAAAGAAGAAAAAUAAUAAAUUUGUUUGAGACUCAACCAUAUCAAGAGCUAGAUUACUUUAUUUUGCAUUUUAAUGAUGUUGAUUUUGUAACUCCUCCUCCAGCAAAAAAGAUUUCAGAUGAAUUUGAUAAUUUUGAUCAGUAUCAAGAAGAGUUUAAGGCAGCUUUUUUUUUAGAGGUGAAAGAAAUUAUUAAGAAGCAAAUUAAAGAUAUAAACAAAUUCAAAGUUUUCAAUUUAAUUUUGGAAGAAGAUACGGGAGGCUAUAAAGUUUCGCAUUCAAAUGAAAGUGCUUUUAUUAAAACAUUUUAUGAUGAAAUACAGGCAAAUGACUUGCUUCUACUACUCCCUCAUAGUGGAUCUGGUAUUCAAAUGUCAGAUGAGAUAUUAAGUUCAAAAUAUUGAUUAGGAAUUGCAAGGAAAGAGCACAGAGGUGGUUUGAUUUCAAUAAAAGCGCAGCAAUGUGGCGAUUUCGAGCAGAAUUUUAGAUAG